AUGGCAUACUGCGGUGAUCAAUACUCCAAUGAUCGAGCGUCACGCUGGACGUAUGCUCAAAAAUUAAGGACGCCGCACGUGAUCGAAAUCAGGACGGCUCCCAAACCUGCGAAGACGCCUGACACGAGAGCACAACCCGCUCCCACUCUUCUCCAAGUCUACUCGCAAGUCGGACGCAACGAGAAUCCACGCGCCAUUCUUGGCUUGAAACCCACCUCUGAUGAGCGAGAUGUUACGGUCGCCUUCCGGAAAUUGGCCUUACUUCUACAUCCAGACAAAUGUGUCGACGAGAAGAAAAUGGUGCUACACCAAGCACUUUUCAUCAAAAUCGAUGCAGCCAAGGAUGCGAUCCUCGACUCCAAAUACAAAGCCACAGUGGAGGACGAACCGGAGGAGACGAGCACCCAACCCACCCGGAGUGCCCCCAGAAACCCGAUGCCAGAGGAAAAGCAAAUGCCACGGGAAAAACCAAAAAGAGGAUGCCCGCCCGGGUGCUGCUGUGGUGGCCAAUUCAAUAGAUCUCGUUGGAUAGACGACGACCCUCAAGAAGCUUGGAACUCCAUGAGAUCACCCGCAGAGGAAAAGGAGUAUUUCGCAGCUCUCAAACUUGUGGUUCGCGCCCCAAAUUGGAUCGCGCCUAAUGGUAGAGUGAUGAAGAACGCAAAGAGGGAUGCGCUUCGGCUCAAGACUCCCAUACAUCCGGAUUACGACUGGGAAGCAUUUCUGGCUAUUCGAAAGAAGGUUCGUGAGCAUUUGGCGUUCACGGAGGAGAAGAAGAAGGAGACCAAACGAGGUGUGCGGGAGUCGAAGAGGCUGAAUUUCUGGUUGGAUGAUGAUGCUUCGUAUGUGAAGGAUGAGGAGAAGGAGCUGAAUGUGGAGCAUGAGUACAUUCUCGAGGAGGAUGAGAUUCCGAAUUUUGUUACGUUCAACUUGGGGGAUUGGAUUCCGGGUUUGUGA